AUGCACUCACCCACUACAAAGGGACCAUGGUCCGAUGCAUUCAAGAAACACUUGGUCACAGUCCACGAAGUCGAGCAGACACUUCCUAACAGCGGCCAACGGUCUGGCGACGUUAUUGACACUGAGGCGAAGAUAAUCUCCUACGCUCCUGAUGCCACUGGCAAUUGCAGCACCUGCCCGCGGAGCUUUUCGAACGCCCAGGAUUUCUACGAUCACUUAGAUGACUGUGUGCUGCAGAUCAUACAGCAAGAAGAUCCUGCCGAGGCCAUAAACGCUGAUCGUCUCGCCGAGGUUGAGGACGACGAGAAUGUCCACCAAACACUACGAAAGAAUCACGUCUCUACCCCAACACAGACAAUGUUCACUUUGGACGACGAUGAUGGGGGCCAGGGCUCCGAAGACGAUGACGAACCGGAUGCAUUUGCCACUGGCUUUCCACCCACGAGCAAGAAGCGGAAGGUUAGUAUCGCCGGGAGUUUGCAAAAGGAAAGUAAGGGACGCGGCCGCAAAAGCCGUCGAGACUACCCCUCGUCCUGGGGUUACGACAAAGGGCAGGUUACGAUGAAGCGGAGAGUUAUGUCGGUGUUUAACGGUCCUCGCCGGCUAGCAAAAGACGACAUGAUGCUCUCGACGGAGCACGAGGUCCGAAUCAAGCUAUCCGACGGGAAAUCCUACGUGACAGACUUGGAUGUCCAGACAAUGAAGCGCGCCGAGGUAUUCCAUAACACCAUGGACGACCAGAGAAACAACAUGACGAUGGACCCCUCAGCCAAGAUCGGCCUCGAAGAUGAUCCGAUGUUACUUGGGAGUAGCGGGAUGUCAUUGACCAGAGCUAUUGCGCUUCAUCAAGGCAGUUAUUUCCACGAGACACAGAUUAACAUACCGCCACCCUUUGGGACUGGUGAUGUAUUAGGAGGGCAGGAGCCGAUGUGA